AACGCGUGUUCCUCCGCAGAGGGCUUGCGCUUUUUUUCGUUGGAGGGGGAGGGGGGAUUUAGGUGAAUAUGGCUCCAGCGAGGCACUGACCGCCGCUAAAAUUCACAAAGAGGCGCAGUGAACGCGUGGAUGCGACGGCGCCGGGUUAUUUGCGAGAAGAAACGCGGGGUCGUCUCGCUGGGUCGGCUCGCACGGACGCGCACUAGUUGCCGCUCGGCGGAGGCACAGCUCGACGCACAGCCGGGACUCGGUGAGAGCGCAGCUGAAUGGAGGCAGCCUCUUCCUGGUGGAUAAACAGUGACAGCUACAGGGCAGCCACCGAGACCCAGCGCACAGGCUCCGGCGCUGCCCUGGCAAACAACACCAAAAUGGCUUCAGACAGUACACACACCGCGCAGUUGACUUCUGAGCUGUACUUCCUAAUAGCCCGGUUUCUAGAGGCUGGACCGUGUCAGAAAGCGGCCGAGACCCUGAUCAGGGAGGUGGAGGAGAAGGAGCUGCUGCCCAAAAGACUGGACUGGACGGGGCAGGAGCACCCCGGGACCUACGAAAAUUUGGUGAAGCUCAACCGACACAUCAGUCCAGAGCACCUGCUGCAGGUCUGCUCUAGAGUUUGUCCGCUGCUGGAGGGGGAGGUCCCUGCCAGCGUGCCCGGACUCAUCAGCCUUCUGGGAGCCGGCAGGCAGAAUCUGCUCCGCACCAGCAAGAGUUGCAAGCAUGUUGUGUGGAAGGGCUCAGCACUGGCUGCCCUUCACUGCGGACGACCACCGGAGCCGCCAAUUAUCUAUGGAAGCCCACCUAAUAUUGUGGAGACAAGCUUCGGCCGUCGACUAAACGGAUCCUACCGUCUCCGGCAGCUGUUGCCCACUGCCGUGUACCAGCACAUGAAGAUGCACAAGAGGAUCCUGGGACAUCUGUCGUCCGUGUACUGUGUCACCUUCGACAGGACGGGACGACGCAUCUUCACGGGCUCAGACGACUGCCUUGUGAAGAUCUGGGGGACAGACAGCGGACGUCUGCUGGCGACGCUGCGUGGCCACGCCGCCGAGAUCUCCGACAUGGCCGUGAGCUACGAGAACACCAUGAUCGCCGCAGGUUCCUGUGACAAGACCAUCAGAGUGUGGUGCUUACAGACCUGUGCCCCUUUGGCCGUCCUGGAGGGACAUGCAGCAUCUAUCACCUCACUACAGUUUUCUCCUCUCUGUUGUGGCUCCAAGCGUUACCUGUCCUCCAGCGGAGCUGACGGAACCAUCUGUUUCUGGCAGUGGGACGCACGCACGCUCAAGUUUGGCCAGAGACCCAGUAAAUUCACGGAGCGUUCCAGGCCUGGUGUCCAGAUGAUCUGCUCCUCCUUCAGUGCAGGUGGGAUGUUCCUCGCCACAGGAAGCACGGAUCACAUCAUCAGGGUGUACUACUUUGGCUCAGGCCAGCCAGAGAAGAUCUCUGAACUUGAGUCGCACACAGACAAAGUUGACAGCAUCCAGUUUUCACAUUGCAGUGACAGGUUUGUGAGCGGCAGCAGGGAUGGUACAGCACGAAUCUGGCAGCUGCAGCCUCAGGGCUGGAGGAGCAUUCUGCUGGACAUGCAGACCAAAUUACCCGGCGUAAGCAAAACUGAUCUCAACUUGCAAAACACAUGCCAUCAACAUCCAACCCUCAGGAAGUACAACCCUCCUCCACUGGAAGACAAGGUGACCAAGCUGAAGGUUACCAUGGUAGCGUGGGAUCGCCACGACAGCACGGUGAUCACAGCAGCCAACAAUCUGACGCUGAAGGUGUGGAACUCCACAACGGGAAACCUGGUCCAUGUCCUGAUGGGUCACGAGGAUGAGGUGUUCGUUCUGGAGCCACACCCCUUUGAUCCGAGAAUCCUGUUCUCAGCAGGGCAUGAUGGGAACUGUAUUGUGUGGGACCUGGCCAAAGGGGCCAAGAUCCGGUCCUACUUCAACAUGAUUGAGGGCCAAGGACACGGGGCAUUGUUUGACUGUAAAUGUAGUCCAGAUGGGCAGCAUUUUGCAGCCACAGACUCCCAUGGACACCUACUCAUCUUUGGCUUUGGCUCCAGCAGCAAGUACGACAAAAUCGCGGACCAGAUGUUCUUCCAUACCGACUAUCGGCCGCUGAUCCGAGACGCCAACAAUUACGUCCUGGAUGAGCAGACACAGCAGGCGCCACACUUAAUGCCCCCUCCUUUCCUGGUGGAUGUAGAUGGAAACCCCCACCCCCCUAGAUACCAGCGGCUGGUGCCAGGCAGGGAGGGCUGCAGGGACGAGCAGCUGAUCCCACAGAUGGGUGUCACUUCCUCAGGCCUGAACCAGGUGGUGAGCGAGCAGGCGGUGGAUGGUUCCAGUCCUCUGGACACGAUGAUUCAGAGGCUGCAGCAGGAACAAGACCAAAGACGGGGAACAAAUGAUGCCCCUGCUCCGGGUGCUGUGAACAGCAUGGCCAGUAGAGGAUCGGUGGGUUCGCCGAUGGAGGUGCACUCCCCACCCAACGUGGGUCUACGUCGCAGCGGCCAGAUCGAGGGUGUACGCCAGAUGCACAGCAACGCCCCGCGCAGCCAGAUGGCCACAGAGGGAGACCUGGUGGCCUGGAGCCGCAGGGUGCUGGUACCUGAGCUGGAGGACGCCUCUGUCGGGAGGCAGAUGACCUGGCGUGAGGCUAAAGGGGAGGAGGAAAUCAAUAUUUAUCAGUCAGAGAGGAGGAGACGCACCAUCCACUCUCUCCCCAAGGAGAGCAGGGUUCAUCCCACAUCUGAGUGUGUCGUAGACGAGGGGAGGAAGAGUCAGGGUAACCAUGGUUAUCAAACUCGUGCUGCCAUGGAGGAGACGAGUCGGCAGAGCGCUGAGGGUGCAGAUGACGAUGACAGCACCUCAGAGGGAGAGGUUGAGGUACGUCAAAUCAACGGCCAUUCCUCAGAGGAGGAGAAGGAGGAGGAGCAAAAAGAGCCCUGGCCAGAUGACCACAGUAGUUCAAGCGACUACUCCAGCGAUUACUCGGACUGGACGGCAGAUGCGGGCAUCAACCUUGAACCGCCCAAGAAGAGCGUUAAAGUAAAAAAGAAGAGCAGCAGCUCUGAGGAGGACGUAGAGAAGAAGAGGGAUGGGAAGAAGGAGAGGAAGAAAGACAAACCAGACAAAGACGACGCGUUACCAAAGAAGAAGCAGCCAAAGGAAAAGAGGAAGAGGACUGAGUCCGAGGAGCAGGGCCUGACUCUGGAGGAGUGGCUUCCCUCUGCUUGGAUCACAGACACGGUCCCCCGGAGAUGUCCUUACAUACCCCAGAUGGGAGACGAGGUAUACUACUUCCGACAGGGACAUGAAGCCUAUGUGGAGAUGGCCAAACAGAAGAAGAUUUACAGCAUCAAUCCUAAGAAGCAGCCGUGGCACAAGAUGGAGCUUCGGGAGCAGGAGUUGAUGAAGAUAGUUGGCAUCAAGUACGAGGUUGGCUUGCCCACGCUGUGCUGUCUUAAACUUUCCUUCCUGGACCCUGACACCGGCAAACUCACCGGAGGAUCCUUCUCCAUGAAAUACCACGACAUGCCUGAUGUAAUCGACUUCCUGGUGUUGCGGCAGCAGUAUGACAAUGCCAGAAAUAGACAGUGGAGUAUAGGUGACAGGUUUCGGUCAGUGAUAGAUGAUGCCUGGUGGUUUGGGACCAUUGAGAGCCAGGAGCCCUACCAGACCCAGUAUCCUGACAGCCUGUUCCAGUGCUACAAUGUCUGCUGGGACAAUGGAGACACGGAGAAGAUGAGUCCUUGGGAUAUGGAGAUGAUCCCUGAUGACGCCACGUUCCCUGACGAGUUGGGCCUGAGCGUCCCCCUGGUAGAAGACGAGCAGAAGGAGCUGCUUUACGUCCCUAUGGACGGAGAAUGGGGCUCCGAAACACGCAUAGACGAGUGUGAACGCAUCAUCAAAGCCAUCGACCAGAUCUGCACGCUCGAUGUAGCGGCGCCAUUUGCCUUUCCAGUGGACCACCAGGCUUACCCCACAUACUGCACAGUAGUGGCCUAUGUCACUGACCUCAGCACUAUGCGCGAAAGGCUGGUGAACCGCUUCUACAGACGACUGUCCUCACUGAUGUGGGAGGUUCGUUACAUUGAACACAACGCGCAAACGUUCAACGAGCCUGGAUCCUUCAUCGUCACUACCGCCAAGUUCGUCUCUGACCUCAUGCUGCAAUUUAUUAAGGACCCAAGUCUGACCGACCUCAUGCCCCUGUACAAAACUAUGAAGAAGGCAACUUUCUCUGACUCUGAAGAUGAGGAUGAGGAGGAGGAGGAUGAAGAUACUAAUACUCCUGGAACGUCCACACGAAACCAUAAGAGACGUCCACCGAUGCAGCGCCGACUGCGAACCCGACCUCCUUCCUACGACCCUCAUGCAUGGAGGGGGCGCUGUAAGGAGCUGCUGGACCUGCUCUUUCAGUGCGAAGACUCCGAGCCCUUCAGAGAACCCGUGGACCUACAGGAAUACCCGGAUUACCUGCAAAUAGUUGAGUCUCCAAUGGACUUUGGAACCGUUCUCAACACGCUAAAAGAAGGAAAGUACCAGUCUCCCAUCCAGCUCAGCAAAGACGUGCGGCUCAUUUUCAGCAAUUCCAAAGCGUACACGCCCAGUAAGAAGUCUCGGAUCUACAGUAUGAGUCUGAGGCUUUCUGCUCUAUUUGAGGAGCAUGUCAGCCCCAUCUUGGCCGAUUACAAGGCUAUCCACGGCCUGACAGGAAAACUGACCAGACAGGGCACGGACAGACAGACGCGACACACGACAGACAGACAGACGAGGCACGCCAUGAAGAGGAGGAGGAGGAGGAGCGAGUCUCCCCAAAGCAGCACUGCAUCCAGCCCAGAAAGGAAGAGACGUGUAUCAUCUAGGGUGACGGCAAAAAGGGAGCCGUCACCAGCUCCACCACGAAGUUCCUCCCUGAGACAGAGCGUUCCACAGAAGCAGCCGCCCCAGCUUGUCAACGGGAAGGCGGAUACACCGGCUGGCGGGCGAACACGCAGCGCAGCACGCCAUUCUGCACAUUCUCCGCCUGCCGCCUCCUCAUCGCAUAAUUCCACGAGCAACACAACAGAGUCGACUCGUUCGCUGAGGACUCACACCUCCGUGUCAGCUUCAACGCCACCGGUCUCUGAAAAGGGGACUCCCACUCCAGCUGCAGAAAGUAGCAUUGGAGGAAGCACCCGGCGGAAACUCAGGACACCUGUACGACACACGCCUGGCUCUCUUGUCAGCCCUUCAUCUCAGAACACAGCCCACCUGAAUGGCCACAGUAGUCAUGUGACCCUCGGCAUGGGGAAGAGGGGGCGGAAGUCCAGAAUAGACCCACCGGUGAGUCCUCCAGAGGUCACGACGCCGGCGAGCCCCUCUAGACCUCAAGAUCGCCCCCCUGGCAAGAAGAGAGGCCGGAAGAGCAAGCAGGAGCUGGAGGAGAUGAGAAGGAGCAGUAACCGCAGGAGCUCCACCCCCGAUGAGGAGCUCGACCACUCCACAGGAGACGAAGGCGGGGCAUCUUCUGCACAGGAAACAUCUGUGCUGUCAGACUCUGGCGUGCCAUCGACGCCUAGACGGCGCGGCCGGCCCCGAUUGGUACGAACUGAUGAAUCAACUCCUCCCGCGGAGUCACCGGAGCCCUCACCGCUGAGGAGGAGCAGCAGAAGAGCCAAUGAGGAGGUGACCGCUCCUCCACAGACCGCCCCUCAGCGAUCCAAUCGCAGGGAGUCUCCAAAGGAGGAGGAAGGUGAGGGUGAAGGGGGGUCCAUGCGCACACGUAACCAGGGGCGACGGUCAGCCUGGUACAUGGAGGAGGACUCUGAGGAGGAGCAGAGGCAGCUGCUGUUUGAGGACUCAUCGAUCACCUUCGGCACCUCCUCGAAGGGACGCGUCCGCAAGCUGACAGAGAAGGCCAAAGCCAACCUGAUUGGCUGGUAACAGAACACACAUGCAGGAUGUGAGGAGGAGGCCGACUGCCCUGACGUCUUUGCAGUUGAUGAGUAGGGGGCUAUCUAGGAAGUCAUGUUGCUGUUGUAUGCAUUUCUGUGCACGUACGUGUGUGUAUAUGUCUGAACGGCCACUGGCUCAGCUGCUGCUAUUUGAAGCUGUGACUACGGAGAGACAACAGCGCAGUGGUCUGUCCAAUUCUACUUCCUCUCAGCCCAGUGAGCCCAUCACUAUGGCAACCAGUGGCUUUCAGCAUGUUCUUCUGUUCGAGCUCCUCUGACGUUACUGGUCCAUGUUGGAUCUGAUAAGACGCUCGUCGACUCCCGUGUCGGUGGUGUUGUGACCUGCCUCUGUCCAGUGAUCGACUCUUUGCCCCGGUCUCACCUGAAACACUUCUGGGUGUCACAGACUGGACGGAGUUUUAGUACUUGAAAAAGUCCUCGAAGAGAUGGAUGCAUCUCGUCUCUUUACUAUUUCAGAGAAACUUUUCAAGUGUCUCAGCUAGGAGGAAAAAAGUCGCCCGCUGAAUUUAAAUUGUUCGGUCUGUGAUGGACGACAGACCGAGCACUGGCUGACAACAUCUUUCGCCCCUGUCAUCAUUGUUCCUGUUCUUUUUUUUCUUUUAUACAACCCUUUCUUGGCUUUUUCUAAGAUUUGUACGUAACGAUCGGCUCUCUGUUUUGGAAGUCUUACACAUUGGCUGACCUGAGCGUGUCUGUCUGUGCUAAAAUACCAAAUGGUGUACCUGUAUAGGUACUGUAGAUCUGCAGGCUCUGUUUACUAUUGGGGUGUGUGUGUGUGUGUGUGAGUUUUGUUUUGCAUGUUAGAAAGAGGAAGCAUCACUUUUUUUCCCAGAAGCUGUUUUUACUGUGAGGAGGUGAAAAAGGAUGCAUGGGUGAAAGGGUUCAUUUUAGAUCACGUUUCAAUGCGUCCUCAACAUUAGCAAUACCUUGUGCCUUUAUGUCUUUGGAGUGUGUGCGUGCGUGUGUGUGUGUGUAUGAGCGUGCUUGGCCUCUGCCCUGCAAAGUACAUGUGCCUGUAUGUGUGUGAACUUAUGUUGUGUGCGCAACUGAAGGAGUGUGUGUGUUUUAUAACACAACUGAGUGUGUCACUUCCACUUUCAGUGUACAAACAGUGGCAUACAGUUUGAUCGUUUCUGAAACCUCUCAAAGAAAAUGUAUUUAUAGCAGUUUGAAAAAAAGAAGACUUUACUCUUGUUGUGAACAUACCAUUAUUCAUGUCAGUAUAUUAUCCUAUAACCAACCUAUUGUCAGUUUAUACCUAAGGUACAGCGAGCGGAGCUUUGGGCGACUAGCUUUGAGAUGCACUUAUCACAGAGCGGUUAUCAAUGCAGUCGUAGGGAGCGAGUAACCCUGUGUAUUUUAAAACUGUUAACAUAUAAAAGGAACUUUUUUAAAAGGUUGAUGUUUCUAUGGUCACCACACACGUGCGUGCGCACACACACACACACACACACACACACACACACACACACACACACACACACACACACACACACACACACACACACACACAAGUAUGUCUUGCAUGUUUUAGCACUUUCUCAUCAACAGGAUGGAGCCAGAUCAAACCGAUGUGGACUGAGUUUGGAUGGAGAGAGAGAGAGAGAGAGAGAGAGAGAGAGAGAGAGAGAGAGAGAGAGAGAGAGAGAGAGAGAGAGAGAGAGAGAGAGAGAGAGAGAGAGAGAGAGACAUACAUCUUUCUGAUGGUGUGCCUUCGCUACUCUGGCAUAAUAUCCUCGCUUUCUCCAUUUUGGGGCCUUUUGUCUUUGCUUUCUUCAUUUUUCCCCGGACUUCCUGGUUCCGCUCGUCGCCGGGUUCAGUGAAUCACACUGGACCUGACGAGCUGGUGUGGGAGGCAGAGGAAAGACAGAAAAAUGAACAGUCAGACAGGAGACAAACAUAUUAUGUCACUCUCUCUCUCUGUGGACACCGAAUGGACUGCAUUUCUACAGAUGGCGUCAUCUGCUCCACUUGUAACAUAAUUUCUGUUUCCUCCCCAGCACAGAGCAAGUGAAUGCUGAAAUGUGACACUUGUGGGGGUUGACUGGGGAAAACUUGGUGGUAGCAUCUCCACACAUCUGAUUAAUUUCACGUCUUCCUUGUCACAUAUUACUCAACGUAUAUCUCAUCUGUUUAUCAUUGUUUUUGUUGAUGCCAAAUUCUGUGUUUGGGCACUGAACUUUUAGAACAAGGCUUUUGAAUGUUUUUAGUUUAACUGUCUCUACUGUGAGUGUGUCGAGCUCGUGUGUCAAAGGUUUGUCCGACUGUGUCCUCGCCAUAGCGGACAAUGUUGAAGUGGCUGGAUCUGUGGAGUGAUACCGCUGGACUGGUUGUUCUACACUCUGCCGCAAUUAUCUGACGUUCAAAACUUACAUUUCAUUAUUUUCCGGUCACGUUUCACUGACACUUUGUUUAUAUUGUGUAUAUGAAGAGCUUUAUUCCAUGACCUACAACGGAGACAUUGUCUCCCAUGACUCUUUACAUCAAAGUUAAUGUUAUUAUUGUUUUGUUUUGUUUUUUUUAAUUAGGAAGCUAAUCAUUUUGCCCAGAAAUGUAUUUCCUUUGUGGGCAGCAAUUCUGUUGAUUUUAAGUGUUCGUUAAUGACUGUCAUCAUAAAAUCGAUCUAUUGUCUCCUCAUAGGUAAAUUACAUAUAUGCAGAAUAUAUCAUGAUGAUUAGAGUUUGGAACAAAAUUUUCUACCCAGGCUUUUCAAAGCUGAAAUAUGAGCUCACUUGUAAAAAUGUUUACAUGCGCAGGUCUGCAGCUUAUAAACACGGCUCAUGAGAAUCCCAGGUGUUUGAGGAUAUUGACAAGUAUCUAGACAUUUUGAAUUAGCCAUGAUUUCUUUUUGGCUUUCUUUGGCCUGCUUGGUAAGAGCAUUGUAUCCCAUGUUAAUAAUGAGAUAAGGAGGGGUGUGCAGUAUUUAUCUGUUAAACUCCCACUGAAAUUCAGUCAAAUUAUGAAAGAGUUCAUCAUAUGAAAAUGGACAUUGAACUUUUUUAGUCUACUACCGUCUGCUCCUUUGAAUCAAAGCACCCACAUUGCCUGUAUUUUUUGAAAAGUAAAAGUAAAAGAGCUGAUUUAGUGUUGCUGAUCAGGUGACCUGAACCAUGAUAGUGAUUAUGUAAAACCUCUAAUCAUUACAAAGGGGCCUUAAAAUCAAGUUCCUGGUUAUUAGCCAGACAUUUUUUAUUAAUUUAUUCUUAUGCUCUCAGACACACAUGUAGUCUGUAGUUCUUCACAGAGUGGACCUCAUUAGGUUUUGGUGUCAGUGUUUUCCACCAUGACUCAGCUCCUCAGGUCAGCCCUCUUACUUUUACCAGACCCCCCAACUGUGUUUUGAUGCUAAUGUACACAUGCAUCCAUUCACCUCGGGCCUGUGCUAAAUGUGUGGCAGAGUUGUGCAGUUUGUGGCCUCUGAUCAGGCACCACAGUCUUAGGUCAGAGGUUAAAGGUCAUAGUGUGUGCAUAUGUGUGUGUGUGUGUGUGCGUGUAUGAAGUGGCUGCAUGUGAGCCACUGGGAAGCAUUUUUGGGACGUUUUUUUAAGUUUUAAAGGGACGUGGGCUGGAAAAGAAGAGAACAGGAGGGGAAGGGGUCUGUUUCACAUGAACUGAGUGACCAGGAUGUCUUUGUCAGUUUGGAUACUUUUUAUAUAUAAAAGAAUUCAUGCAAAAAAGAAGCAUAAAGCUAGAAUGUAUGUGUAGGGGAGUACUGCUGUCCUGUUAGUUAAUACCAAUAUUUUAAGUAAAUAAAAAGUUGUGUUUCCAUAUCUA